AUGGAUAUUAAGAAGCACAAGCAAGUCUGUUCCAAGCUCGUGCUCUGGUUGCGCAAACCGUCUCUCGGGGGCGGCAUGUCCACACAAGAAAUGAUGCUCUACGCCAAACAUUUGAAGUACAUGAGCGCCAGGGUCAGCAAAAGCACAGAAGAAAGAGCCGAAAGCAAGGCGAGCAUUCAGAGCGUCCUUGGCGGGAUGAAGGCAGCACAAGCGGAAAAGGACGCCGCUCGCCAGCUGCAGGAACAAGCGAAGGAAGCCCGCGCCGCCGCCAAAACGGCCGUGGCGACCGCCGCCCGGAGCCUCAACCCCAAGAGGUAUGGUGAUGCGGAUUACUGGGAAGAGCGACACGCCAAGAGCAGAGCGAGCGGCGAGACGUUCGAGUGGUACACCGGCUAUCCGGAUGAAGCUCUGCAGAAGGCGUUUCCGCAAUCUGUCCGCGGCAAGAAGACGCUCGUCAUCGGCUGCGGCACCUCUGUGCUGUCAGAAAAGAUGAGCGACGACGGCUUUCGCGACGUUUUGAGCAUCGACACGUCCAAGAACGCAGUGGAGCAGAUGACGGCCAGAGCGAAACCGUUCAACAACGCCAACACCAAGUGCAGGUGGGGUGCUGACGUCCUUAACCUUGUUUUUUGCAAGGGUUUAGUUUACCGCCAAGGAGAGGAAAUAAAAUAUAUAUUCCCGUAG